CUUUAACUACUCCAACUGUCAGCCAGCCCAUUUCACUCCCAGCAGCAGGCAUGCAGCAUCUCCUGCAAUAAACCUCCACGACACGUCCGCCAUGAUGGCAGAGAGUCAGCGCAGGGGGAAGGACAGCCAUUCUACAAGCUUUGAUUUCUCAUGGAAGGACUGCAAGUCCCAGCAGGCAGCCAACAGGGAGACCCUAAGGUAAGACUGGGAGCAGGUAGGCUGUAGGCAGGCUGGUGGAUUUAACCCCGUAAUGUCAUCGAGGCAGUUUUACAAGGCAGGGUUAAUGGAACGUUGAGAUAACGUGGGCUGGGUGACUCCCCCGGGUUAGCCCCCAUAUUGUAUUAGAACAAUUUUGAGUACAGUGAAUCACAGCAUUGACAGUCUGUAUCUCAGUGUGCGGAUACCCCAACAACCAACAGUCAGAACCAGCAAGACAUCAUCUCACAAUGAUUAUAUUGCAAUAGGAGGAAAUCCCAGAAUUAACGGCCAGCAAAGACCCUGACAGAGGACUAGGAGUUAGUGUGUUACUGUGAAUGAUUUGCGUUAUGGAGAGGGUGAGUGGGAAUCUGUGAUAAAAGGACAUUCUGCUUUUUGUAGAGACAACACAGCAAAAUACAAGGUGUUCGGGGAGAGUCCCCCACCGGAGAGCUUCACAGACCGACAUUCACAGAAUCCAACAGGUGAGGGGGUGACAAGGUGACGUCACACGGGGUAUGUUUCUAUCAGUGGGCUAACCCACUAACCCCAGCACCACUUAGGGGCAUUGUCUGUCUGUCCAUUCACCUAUGUGUCUAUCUGUCCAUCCAGUCUGAUCUUAUCCUGUUUUAGAACUGUGCGGGACAGACCAGCAGCAGCACCUGAAGCCCAGGGACAGUGUAAGAAGCCUUUUAUCCCCGUAUAAAGCCAUGGUCAGUAUAGGCUGUAUCAGCCAUUUCAUUUUUGUGUCUUGCUAAAAGCAGUCCGUAUAUUUCCUAUACCUCCUGUGCUCAGGGAUGUAUUUACCACAAGGCAAACAAGGCAUUUGCCUAGGGCGGCACUUUCAGGGGGGGUGCCAAAAAAUGCAACUCCAAGCUCCCAGACAAAUGCCUUGUUUGCCUCAUGUUCUGGGGCUGUCCACCUUACAGUGAGUGAGUGUAGCUGUCAGUGUGUGUCUGUGAGUGAGUGAAAGUGUGUGUCUUUCAGUGAGAAUGGGUGUGCCUGUGAGUGUGUGUCAGUGUGUGUAUGCCAUUUUAUGUGUAGCUGAGAGUGUGUGCCUGUCAGUGAAAGUGUGUGUUGGUUAAACAGUGUGUGCCAAUGACUGUAUGUGUGUGCCAAUGACUGUAUCGGUCAGUGAGUAUAUAUCAGUGCAUGUAUCAAUGAGGGCAUGUGUCUGUCAGUCAAAAAAGUGGCCUUUACACAAAUUGGGGGGGGAAAUUUAGAUUUUGGGGGUGCCCGAAUUUAGUCGUGCCUAGGGCAGCACAAAUACAAAAUACACCACUGCCUGUGCUUCCUUUUCCAGGCAGCAGAGAGCCGCUCACAGCUACAGGAGUCAAACGACUUCGAAGACGGUAAGACUACAUUCACCAUGUAAAUAAUGCUGCAUCGUAUAAAAUCCCAUUUUUUUUGUAACAGCAUAAAGGCGGGAAUGUAGUAAAGUGAUGAAAUUUUUUUCCUGUCACGCAGAGUACCAUCCAUUACCAUCACCGACGCGUUCAUCGAUGCGCUCCCCUGGAAAAGGCUCCUCUGCGCGGGCCAAAGAUGGUACUCGCGUUACCUUCGCUGACAGUAGCCCUCUGGAUCCUUUUCCCAAAACUGAUCUUUUUACAAAUCGUUCAGGGCACGAACAUCCCAUCUCCACCAGAAUUCCAGAGUAUGGAUCGGGAAAAUCAUCUGUGUCCAUCGAUGGAGGCUUCAGGAACUCCUACCUCACAUCAACACCUCUUAGAAAAGAGAAUUUGGGCAGCAAUGAGCCAGCCAAGGGUGAGCCCGGUAAUCAUGGGCAAGCAACCGAUCACUUGGACGAGUCCAGCAGUGAGCGUUUAUUACGGCUUAGUUCUGGUAAAUAAUAGCCUAAUGCAAUAGAAUGCGAUAUUAAUAAAUGGAUCGUGUUAAACGUGUGUUUGUGUUAAUUGUAACAUUUUCUUUUAAUAUACUUUUUAGACCUUUAUGUCACCACUCAUCUGAAUGACCCCCACUUGUCAACGUCUUCAUCCACAUGGAGAAAAGGCUUCAGCAACAUCUCAAAAUCCUACACCUUACCCAACAAACCCUCCAUAGGAAACCAUCACCUCUACACAAAGGCCGAGAAUUGGCCAGAAAACAGCAGAAACUACAAGGCUUGGAAUCCCGGGAAAGACUGUGAAUUGGCCGUUCACAACAUGUCCAUUGGUCAGAGUGGGAUGAAAAGAUCCAGCAGUCUGAACUCAUUAACUACAACCGCAAACGCACGCGCUGACAGAUAUGUGAGUAGGCUUACACUGAAUUAUGGGGAGACUGGGCUACUCUACUGCGUAACAGUAACAGAGGGAUUGAGGGUUUGAGGGCCCUGCUCAGUGAGCUUACAUGUUAGAGGGAGUGGGGUAUAGUGACACAGUAACAGAGGGAUUGAGGGCCCCGCUCAGUGAGUUUACAUGUUAGAGGGAGUGGGGUAUAGUGACACAGUAACAGAGGGAUUGAGGCCUUGCUCAGUGAGUUUACAUGCUAGAGGGAGUGGGGGUAUAGUGACACAGUAACAGAGGGAUUGAGGGCCCUGCUCAGUAAGUUUACAUGUUAGAGGGAGUGGGGUAUAGUGACACAGUAACAGAAGGAUUGAGGCCCUGCUCAGUGAGCUUACAUGUUAGAGGGAGUGGGGUAUAGUGACACAGUAACAGAGGGAUUGAGGGCCCUGCUCAGUGAGUUUACAUGUUAGAGGGAGUGGGGUAUAGUGACACAGUAACAGAGGGAUUGAGGGCCCUGCUCAGUGAGUUUACAUGUUAGAGGGAGUGGGGUAUAGUGACACAGUAACAGAGGGAUUGAGGGCCCUGCUCAGUGAGUUUACAUGUUAGAGGGAGUGGGGUAUAGUGAUACAGUAACAGAGGGAUUGAGGGCCCUGCUCAGUGAGUUUACAUGUUAGAGGGAGUGGGGUAUAGUGACACAGUAACAGAGGGAUUGAGGGCCCUGCUCAGUGAGUUUACAUGUUAGAGGGAGUGGGGUAUAGUGACACAGUAACAGAGGGAUUGAGGGCCUGCUCAGUGAGUUUACAUGUUAGAGGGAGUGGGGUAUAGUGACACAGUAACAGAGGGAUUGAGGGCCCUGCUCAGUGAGUUUACAUGUUAGAGGGAGUGGGGUAUAGUGACACAGUAACAGAGGGAUUGAGGCCUGCUCAGUGAGUUUACAUGUUAGAGGGAGUGGGGUAUAGUGACAGUAACAGAGGGAUUGAGGGCCUGCUCAGUGAGUUUACAUGUUAGAGGGAGUGGGGUAUAGUGACACAGUAACAGAGGGAUUGAGGGCCCUGCUCAGUGAGUUUACAUGUUAGAGGGAGUGGGGUAUAGUGACACAGUAACAGAGGGAUUGAGGGCCUGCUCAGUGAGUUUACAUGUUAGAGGGAGUGGGGUAUAGUGACACAGUAACAGAGGGAUUGAGGGCCCUGCUCAGUGAGUUUACAUGUUAGAGGGAGUGGGGUAUAGUGACACAGUAACAGAGGGAUUGAGGGCCUGCUCAGUGAGUUUACAUGUAGAGGGAGUGGGGUAUAGUGACACAGUAACAGAGGGAUUGAGGGCCUGCUCAGUGAGUUUACAUGUUAGAGGGAGUGGGGUAUAGUGACACAGUAACAGGGGAUUGAGGGCUGCUCAGUGAGUUUACAUGUUAGAGGGAGUGGGGUAUAGUGACACAGUAACAGAGGGAUUGAGGGCCUGCUCAGUGAGUUUACAUGUUAGAGGGAGUGGGGUAUAGUGACACAGUAACAGAGGGAUUGAGGGCCCUGCUCAGUGAGUUUACAUGUUAGAGGGAGUGGGGUAUAGUGACACAGUAACAGAGGGAUUGAGGGCCUGCUCAGUGAGUUUACAUGUUAGAGGGAGUGGGGUAUAGUGACACAGUAACAGAGGGAUUGAGGGCCUGCUCAGUGAGUUUACAUGUUAGAGGGAGUGGGGUAUAUUGACACAAAAGGUAAGGAUAGUAUUAGACUAAUUACAGUUGCCAUAGAGGAAUCACACAGUAAGAAAGGGGAUCACGUGUUCCUUUACAUCUAUUGUUGAACGUAUUUGUGGGUGACCAUUUUGUGUGAGCCCUGUGGUACCCCAUGCAGAACGCACACCGCAUGUAUAAGUAAAUGGUAAAGAAUACUAAUGACAUUAAUAAACCUCCAUUAAUUGCUAAUCCAUUGCUUUACACGCAGACUGCUGAUGCCACGUGGGCCACUAAUGGACUCCAGGAAAGAGAGAGCAUGGCAGGGGCUCAGCAGGAUCCUAUAACCCGUGUUCUACAGCAGCUCGUGGACGUUGUGGACCGUUACUGGAACGGUUCAGGCUCACUCCUGCAGAACCAGAAAUUCAUGCGUAAGUUACAUGCCGCAAUAAUCGACAUCAUGGGGAGAAUCUCAACAGCCAUGUGCUAACCAGACAUUGCUGAAAUUAACCUCUCAAUGUCACAUGCCCAACCUAAGCCACAGCUAGCCUCUCAAUGUCACAUGCCCAACCUAAGCCACAGCUAGCCUCUCAAUGUCACAUGCCCAACCGAAGCCACAGCUAGCCACUCAGUGUCACAUGCCCAACCUGAGCCACAGCUAGCCGCUCGUUACAUGCCCAACCUGAAUCACAGCUAGCCACUCAGUGUCACAUGCCCAACCUGAGCCACAGCUAGCCGCUCGUUACAUGCCCAACCUGAAUCACAGCUAGCCACUCAGUGUCACAUGCCCAACCUGAGUCACAGCUAGCCACUCAGUGUCACAUGACCUACCUGAGCCACAGCUAGCCACUCAAUGUCACGAGCCCAACCUGAGCCACAGCUAGCCACUCAGUGUCACGAGCCCAACCUGAGCCACAGCUCAUCACAUGCCCAACCUGAGUCACAGCUAGCCACUCAGUGUCACAUGCCCAACCUGAGUCACAGCUAGCCACUCAGUGUCACAUGCCCAACCUGAGUCACAGCUAGCCACUCAGUGUCACAUGCCCAACCUGAGUCACAGCUAGCCACUCAGUGUCACAUGCCCAACCUGAGUCACAGCUAGCCACUCAAUGUCACAUGCCCAACCUGAGUCACAGCUAGCCACUCAGUGUCACAUGCCCAACCUGAGUCACAGCUAGCCACUCAAUGUCACAUGCCCAACCUGAGCCACAGCUAGCCACUCAAUGUCACAUGCCCAACCUGAGUCACAGCUAGCCACUCAGUGUCACAUGCCCAACCUGAGCCACAGCUAGCCACUCAGUGUCACAUGCCCAACCUGAGUCACAGCUAGCCACUCAAUGUCACAUGCCCAACCUGAGCCACAGCUAGCCACUCAAUGUCACGAGCCCAACCUGAGUCACAGCUAGCCACUCAGUGUCACAUGCCCAACCUGAGCCACAGCUAGCCACUCAGUGUCACAUGCCCAACCUGAGCCACAGCUAGCCACUCAAUGUCACAUGCCCAACCUGAGUCACAGCUAGCCUCUCAAUGUCACAUGCCCAAUCUGUGCCACAGCUAGCCGCUCGUCACAAACCCAACCUGAGUCACAGCUAACCACUCAAUGUCACGAGCCCAACCUGAGCCACAGCUAGCCGCUCGUCAUAUGCCCAACCUGAGUCACAGCUAGCCGCUCGUCACAUGCCCAACCUGAGUCACACCUAGCCACUCAGUGUCGCAUGCCCAACCUGAGCCACAGGUAGACUCUUGCUGUAACUCACCAAAGUAAGUCAAGGAACACAUCGUGUUGUUGGUUAUUAGUAACAUAGUAAAAUAUAAGGUGAAAGAUCAUUUUUAAAAUAAAACUAUUCAAAGGUUAAUUUUCAUUUCAAAAUAACUGCUCGGUGAUAUGAUUUCUAGGGUUCGCCUAGUAAUCAGCUGGAAUUUUUUUUGUGUGUGAGAAAGUUCCCUUUUCAGUAAGAAUAUGACCCAUCUUAUGUCUUCCUUAGAGCCGGCACGUGAGUUACUGUCUGAGCUCCUGACAGCACACUCAGAGGCCCGGGCAGCGGAUCGUGACAGCAGGCACCUGGUAAAUAAUGCAACCACGAACAUCCUGUGGACUGUCACAGUGACUAUCUCAAUCAGUAGAAGGGCUCAAAGCACUACACAUGGAGCAAUCAGCAGGGACAUUCCAUUGGUUUCCAUGGUGACUGUUACAGCUGUAGAGCAAUCAGCGGGAACAUUCCAUUGGUUUCCAUGGUGACUGUUACAGCUGUAGAGCAAUCAGCGGGAACAUUCCAUUGGUUUCCAUGGUGACUGUUACAGUUGUAGAGCAAUCAGCAGGAACAUUCCGUUGGUUUCCAUGGUGACUGUUACAGCUGUAGAGCAAUCAGCAGGAACAUUCCAUUGGUUUCCAUGGUGACUGUUACAGCUGUAGAGCAAUCAGCAGGAACAUUCCAUUGGUUUCCAUGGUGACUGUUACAGCUGUAGAGCAAUCAGCAGGAACAUUCCAUUGGUUUCCAUGGUGACUGUUACAGCUGUAGAGCAAUCAGCAGGAACAUUCCAUUGGUUUCCAUGGUGAUAACGCUACUUUUGCCUCAGAAUUAAAAAUGUUUUGGUUAAAACCCCUGUUUACCCUUUUUAAAGACUGCAGAACCUAAUACAUCGACCUGUCCAGGAUAUAGUUAUGGAUUUUCAUUUGAGGGUAAAGUUUCCAUGCAUGGAUUGGUUCUGGUGUUGAUUAGGAGGAAUUUCAUUUACUUGUGCACACAUCUAACGAUCACCAGGGAAAUAUUUAACUCUUCCUGGUUUCAUAGAAGUUACCCCUAGUAUAUAAAAGAUAGUCGAAGAGUUAGCAAGACAUCACUAACAGUAAACAGAGCAAUUACUGAAUAAUGGAACCAGUGGUUUCCAUAGUGACUGUCCCAUUUACAGAUCCCCCUAUCGGAAGCACUGGGUGAGGAGAGGAUUUAAUGAUACCACCUGUCCCACGAGGGCUAGAUCCAGAUCUUACCUUUAUCUUCUGGGCUAUUUAUUGAUGGGGGCCGUUUAGACUUUACUUUUCAAUCCUUGCCAUUUUUCUGCUAUUGUUCAUUUUAGGAAUCUUUACAGCAGCAACUACUUAAAGUCACGGAGGAAAACUGCAACCUUCAGGGCAAAAUGUCCCGAGUGGCACUCACUGAAUCAGCGGGCACUAAGGCAGUCUCAUUAGGUAACGACCAUUAUACCAAACUGCUCAGUCGUGUCACCAUGGACCCAGCAUUAAUUACACUGAGGAAUUGGAGAAGCGACAGACUUUCCAACUUUGGGUCAAAAUAGCUAGACCACAAAAUUAGAGCUCUCACAUUCUUUUGUCCAAACCGUGCAAUUCCCUUGUCAAUUUGUCACAAUUCCUGCUUUAGGGAAUGCGACUCCAGUUUUGCUACAUUGCUGUCCACAGUUAGCUAGUGCCACCCGCGUCUUAGAGCAGAAUAUCCAUUCCUUCAUGGAACUAACACUUUUUGUUCUCUAGAAGAACUGGCAGAGAGAUACAGAAAGCUGGAUUCCCAGGUAACUCUCUUAGAACAGCAGCAGCGGAACCAUUCCCAUCACCAGCAAGACACAGUGAGCCUUCUACACGAGUCUCAGCGGUGAGUGCGACCCAACACCCACUGGCAUAUUAUCAGAACCGGGUUUUGUAAGAUGUUCUUUACAGCUUUAGGAUACUGUGCCCCUUUUUAAAUGACAAUAUCUCUUAAACCCACUCAUUACUACAGCCCGAUCAAGCUUGGAUCGGUGUGACACAUCGUGCAUGCGCAGUCAUCACUAUCUGCCAACCCAGGCCUCGAGAAGUGGACACACAACGUUGGGUUUGAGAAUAUUUUGUGUAUAAUAGAUUCAGUAUCUGAUUCUGUUUGUGUCUGACAGCCUCGAGUAGGCGUGGGCAUUGCAAAAUGUAAAGAGUGCGGUAUCUUAGAGACUGCACUAUGCCCGAUACCUGCAGAGAUGAAGUGAUUGUGGUGCUUAUCCUUUACAUCGUGCACUACAAUCACUUAAUUAACGGAUUAUGAUGCUUACCCUGUGCCUUUAAACCAGGACGGGUUGUGUGUACGGGCAGCGAUACAAACUUGCAAUCCCUAUGCUAUAGUGCCUUGUUAGCGGUUUAGGUUCCAAGCCCCCACCCAUAGGGACUAACAGCAGCUUUACUUGUAUCCUCCCUCCCAAUGCAGGUCUCCAUGGCUGAGAUGAUUCAGACUGACAUAGGAAAGCAUAGGGAGGAUAGUGCUCUAUGAGACCACUCUGCUAUCUCUGCAGUGACAGUCCCUAGCAGGAUUUAAUGUUUUACAUUGCAGGGUUAAAGCUACAGGGUGCUGUUAUUCUCUGACACUGCAGCAUUAAUGGACUAUACUUCAUGUGAUCCCAGCAAGCUGCAUAUUAGACAUUACUUCCCAAAUAAAAGUCUUUAUUAGGUAGCAUCACUCUUCCUGUGUCACACAGGUUAAAGUCAAACCAUACUAUGUACAGAAAACGCAGAUCAAUAUAUCAAUUAAAGUAGGUAGUGUAUGCAUAGUGACCGUAAAACCACGCCAAUCACAGGAGAUGAACCCCUACAACACACUCAAAGAAUACAAAGAGCCUAGAACCUGCAUAAAGGAUACAACUGGAUCAUUCCAUAGAAAGACCAACAGGGUUAUAUAGCAAAGUGGGAAUGGUCAGGAAUUCAACGUAAAUGUAAAAACCUAGGCCGAAGUAGCCGAAUUGGAAUGCUAUGCUUUCCGUGUUGCCAUUUUUACCUGAAAUUUACUUUUAACUGCCAACAUUUCACACUCAAAGCAAAUAACCCUGAAACUGCAACCAGGGUAGGCAACCUUCGGACUACAUCUCCCAUAAUGCAUGCCUACAACAUCUGGAGUGCCGAAGGCUGUGUACCCGUGCCCUAGAGCAAUACAUGAAAUCACAGCCCCAGCAUCAGAAACAAACUCUAUGCCGUUAUUCUCUGUCCAUAGGAAAGGCGUAUACAGCAUUGCUUUAUUGGGCUUUGUCUUGCAGGGCUCUCGUCUCCACCAAUGAAUAUCUCCUGCAGCAGCUGAAUAGAGGCUCCACCACCUACCACUCCAAGCUACUAGCUUCCCCAAACGGUAAUACAAACAAACCAUCAUUCCUGGACCCAGGACCCACAUCUGCCUUACCGGUCCACAGAACCAGUACUUACCGCAGGCCGGAGCAGCUUAGCCAAUGCCCACUGUAAGGAGGAACGAAGCCUUUCUGCACGCUCAGAAGCAGACCUUUAAAUAAAAUUCAAAGUUAUGAUAUAGGGUAGGUUUGUUCACACAGAGAGCAUGCCUCAAUUCUGCAUAAAUUACUGAUUAUGAGUUUGUGCAGUUUCUAAUUUAAUAAAUUUUUACUUUUAUUAGAAUGUUUUACUAUUUAAGUCGGGAUAUUUGCGUUUAUUGUGG